AUGGCCGCGCCUGGGCGCCUUGGAUUCGCCGUCUGCCUCGUUGUCCUCCUCGGUGUCGCAGGCUGUGCUCGUGGAGCCCUGGACAUCGAAGGGGUGUCUCCCGAGGAUUUCCAGAAUGUGAAUCAAGAGUGCAUCGGCAUUGGCACCAACAUAUUGACAUUCUGCCAGGAGCAAGCCGCUGCCGCUGAGAAAUUCUUCAACUUCACCAUUGGGCAGGAGGAGGAAGUGGUUGUUACUGACGAGGGCAUAGAGGAGUUCAUUGAGACCAUCUCAAAUGUGUCUGCUGA